AUGAACGGGUAUUUGGCUGAUGUCAGUGGGAGCGACGACGAAUCAUCUCAAGAUGUUCGAAGUAUAGUGAGGAGGGCGAAACGUUCCACGAUCGAAGCAACGGGAAAUCAGUAUAAACACUCUUCCAGAAAGUAUUCAAGGAAACGUCGAGCACCUGGAUUGAUGUUAGUGAAAGGGACCAUCGAAUCACCAAUUCAUCCAGAUAUUAAUUACCACAUGACAAAACUUGUUUACAGCAGGGAUUAUCCGGUUGCGGGAGACAUGACUGAUGUUGAUUCUCAAUCGGAUUUGAAGCGCACCAAGACUUUGUCAUCGCUCAUGCAGCAGUUGCCCAUUCCAACAGCAACAGCGGAUGCGGGUCCAGCAACAUAUUUACCUAGUCAGCAAAGCCCAAUCCCCAGUGAACUGCAACAAAAAUCUACGAUUAUUCCAUGCGAACGAAUGACAGCCACAGUUUCCAAGCGGCAACGCCGUCUUGAAGAAGGCCUUGCUCUCACAAAGACUCCAAGGGUGUUAAUCGAGGGCGAGAGCCCAUACAGGGUAGUCCAUGCAAACGCAGCAUUUACACAGACUGUAAUUGGUACUGCUUCCAGCAUCCAGCGUUGGUCUGCGCGGCAGACCUCUUCCAGCAUCCCCAAAACACGUAGUUUGAAAAAGGCACUUCAUGACAUUGUUCCCAACCGUGAUGUGCACAUCGUUCUCUACCCGGUUGCUGGCAGCGAAAAAAUCUCGCAUUACCUGAUCGAAACGAAAGAUAAAAGUUGGAAUAGGCGAAGACGAACCAAACAUGAUGAGCCAUACAGAGCAAUUGGUUGA